GGUAUAAAUCUUGUUCUUCUUGUACGUGUUUUCUGCCCUCUUCUGGAAUUAAUCACUACUGCCGCAGAUACUUGUUUCCUUCACUCACCCAUUUCGCCGGCUUUGACUUGAAGAUGGACUAUUAUUGAAGAUCUCCGGUUUUAAAAGAGAAUAUCUUCCUCUGCUUAAUUAAAAAAGGAAAGGCCUUUCGAUCCUUACCAUAAUCAAUCAUGUUUACCGAUAGUGGCAACGGAAAACAGUAUGAAGCAUCCACCUCCUCUGCUAGAUUGCCACAACGCUGUUGUCAAUUCAAGUUUGAUGAAAUUCUAUUAGCGACAGAUAAUUUUAGUGAAUCAUUAGUAGUUGGGAAAGGAGGUUUUGGGAAAGUAUACAAAGGCAAUAUAAGGAUAGGAACAACCCAUGUUGAUGUUGCAAUCAAAAGGAUGGAUUUGAUGUCAGAUCAAGGUGCGACGGAGUUCUGGGUAGAAGUUGAAACGCUUUCCAAGUUGCGUCAUGCUCAUUUGGUGUCUUUAAUUGGUUACUGUAAUUAUGAAAAAGAAAUGAUCCUUGUGUAUGAAUACAUGCCCCACGGGACACUUGAAGAUCAUCUACAUAAACUCCAUACCCCUCUUUCUUGGCUUGAUCGACUCAAGAUUAGCAUAGGUGCGGCUCGUGGCUUAGAUUACCUUCACACUGGUACAGGUAUUGAUAUUGGUGUUAUACAUAGAGAUGUCAAGAGCUCGAAUAUUUUGUUACAUGAAAGUCGGGCGGCAAAAAUUUCUGAUUUUGGGUUGGCUAAAAUAGGUCCAACAAAUCAACCAUCCACUAAUGUCUACACACUUGUUAAAGGCACUUUUGGGUAUAUUGAUCCAAAUUAUUUUGCUACGGGAAAGUUGACAAGGAAGUCUGAUGUGUAUGCUUUUGGGGUGGUACUGUUUGAAAUUUUGUGUCAAAAGCGACCAUUGGACGAGAGAUUUGAACGUGGCCUAGCAACAUGGGUGCAAGAAUCAAUUAAAGAAGGAAACUUAAAGCAAAUAGUUUAUUUAGGUAUACGAAAUGAGAUAUCUCCAAAAUGUUUAAAAGGGUUUGCUCGGAUAGCUGAAAGAUGCUUAAAUAACUAUCCAAAUCACCGUCCUACCAUGACUGAGGUUGUCUUUAGUCUUGAAUCUCUACUGGCUCAAUCUGUUUUGUACUCGCAACAUAAAACCAAUAGUUGGUUGCAAAUUUCAAGCAAGAAGUUAUUUGGAAGAAUAUUUAAUGCGUUUCCCUUUAGCUCCUCUGGUGAAAACUUAGGUAUUUCAACCUCCCCUGAUGAAAAAUCAGGUUCUCUAAUCUCUUGUGGUGAAAACUCAGCUGGCAUUUCGCAGAUCACCAUCAACAUCGCUACUUCAGACUCAAUAGCAUCACCAGGAGCAAGCAGCAAAGUACCAGUAAGUGGCGGUGAUGCUGUGCGUCCAGAUGGCUUGAUAUUGCCGCAUCCCAAUCUUAGGGUAUUUACCUUUGCUGAACUAAAAACUGCUACUAGAAAUUUUCGACGUGAUACUGUAUUAGGUGAAGGUGGUUUUGGAAAGGUUUAUAAAGCCUGGCUUGAUGACAAUUUGGAUUCCAGUUCCAAACAUAAUGUAGUUGCUGUAAAAAAGUUGAAUUCUGGGAGCAUGCAAGGAUUGGAAGAAUGGCAGAAGGAAGUGGAGUUUCUUGGAAUGCUUUCUCAUCCGAAUCUUGUGAAACUAUUGGGAUAUUGUUAUGAGGAUAGAGAGUUGCUACUUGUAUACGAGUUUAUGCAAAAAGGAAGCUUGGAAAAACAUUUAUUUGGAAGAGGUUCUACUGUUCAACCACUUCCAUGGAAUAUUCGGCUCAAGAUUUCAAUAGGAGGAGCUCGGGCAUUAGCAUUCUUGCACACUUCCAAGAAGCAAGUUAUCUACAGAGACUUCAAGGCAUCAAAUAUAUUGCUAGACGGAUCUUACAAUGCCAAGCUAUCUGACUUCGGGCUCGCUAAACUUGGUCCAUCUGCUAGUCAAUCACACGUAACAACACGUGUUAUGGGAACCUAUGGCUAUGCUGCUCCCGAGUAUAUUGCUACAGGUCAUUUGUAUGUGAAGAGCGACGUCUAUGGUUUUGGAAGUGUGUUGGUUGAAAUGUUAACAGGAAUGCGAGCACUUGACAAUCAACGGCCAGCGAAUCGACGAAAUCUGUGUGACUGGGUCAAGCCAUACCUAGCUGACGUAAGGAAAUUAAAGAAUGUUAUGGACUCACGACUUGAAGGAAGAUACCCAUCAAAGGCUGCAGGGAAAAUCGCUCAGUUAGCCCUCACAUGCCUUAGCCCCGAACCAAAAACUCGCCCAUCGAUGACAGAAGUUGUGGUAAAGCUUGAACAACUCGAUGCCAUAAGAUUCCACCAAAAAAAACCCCUUAUUGCUCCUUUUUCCCUCCUCUAUCCAUCCAUGUCUAGUAAUCGAACAUUUGAACGUGGGAAAUCUGGGAAAAAAGCAGCAAAAGAGGCGGCAGCCUUGCAAAGCAAACAGCCAACCACUGCUCCUUUUUCUUUUGGAGGAUUGCGUGAUGGAUCUUCACAGUCAAAUGAUCAAAACCCUCCUAGUGGGAUAUCUAAUUCCUCUCUUCGAUCUUCUUCACAGAUUUCUGAAUUAGUUGAUUUUCCCCCGCUAAGCUAUAAAGCGCUGCAAAACUCAUCAAAAACCAUCAACAUAGCAUCGUCGCCACAAACUGCCACUGUUUGGGGUGCUGCCGGUCAGGGGAAGGUUGGCAUUGGGGGGACUAACACUCAGGACCUAAGCCUAGGGUCCAUGGAGUUUCAGAUAAAUGAUUUAGAAGGUGUCGGCACUUCUAAGACCCUUAACACUAAAAAAAGAGUUUCUUUCCAGCUGCCGCCGAAAACUGCUGUCAUUAGAGAGGCUGCCAUCCAUAGUGAGAUUCGUUAUGUCGAUGUUAAUGAGAAACAACAGUCAACUUAUAGCUAUGUACAACUGGAAACCGAGCAAAUUGAUGAUUCUAUCAUUGAUGAUUCUAUCUCCAAAAACCCCAAUUCCGCACAAAACAACAAACCACCAUAUUGGCCGGAAAAAGGGGUUGCUGAAGAUGCGUUCCAGCUAGUGGAUGAAGCGGAGAGCUCAAGAAUGCCCAGUGUUAGGUCUGCAGGCCUUUAUGGUGGUUUGGAAGAUGGUUUGGUAGGUUUGCAACCUACUAGUGCUAACAAUAACACAACUGAUCCUACCAUCAACACUACUGAACCAAUCCCUCACCUAACCGAUCCUAAUGUGCAGCGAAAUGAUCCAUAUUACCUGCGAAACAGCCGAAAAGUGCAAGAACAACGAACCUAUGCCUCAAUAUCCAAAGAUGCGACGGACAUUUUUGAAAAAGGUACUCUCAGAUUCAUUCCACCUAAAGUAACAGAUUCAGGUAUUAAACAAGCUGUUGUUCCAGUUGAAUUAUUUGCAAAACAAGCUGAGUCCUGCUCUUCUACCUUGGUUGGAUAUUUUAUUGAUAUGUGUCCUGCAUUUACACUUGUCAAAUUCCACGCAAACAGACUUUGGAAAAGGUUUCACCUUAAGGAUGUCAUAUUAAAUGAUCAAGGAUACUUUUAUUUUACAUUUAAUACAGAAUUGGGCUUGAAACACGUUUUUGAAAGCAGUCCUUGGUUUUUCAAUGAUAUUCCUAUUUUACUCAAGAGAUGGCAGCCAAGUUGUUGGUUUGAGAAACCUGUUCCUACUAAGGUUUCUUUAUGGGUUAACAUCUAUGAUAUGCCAGCUAUACUUUGGAAUUAUGAGAUUAUCAGCCAUAUUGUCAGUGUGAUUGGGGUACCUAUAGCUAUUGAUACAUAUACUACUGAAAUGUGUGAAAAGAAGACUGACAGGGCAGUUUUUGCUAGGAUUUUGGUUGAGAUUAAUGCUGAUCAGGAAGUUCCUAGAUUUGUUGAGGCUGAAAUUAUGGGGACUAUUAGGAGAUUCAGGUUGGAGUUUAAUUGGAUACCCCCUAAGUGUUUGCAUUGUAAGAUUUUUGGCCAUACUUUUUUUGAAUGUGGUGUAAGACGAAGAACUGCUACAGCCUACAGAAAUGGAAGCAAGGAUGGUAAAGGCACCUCCAGCUAAUGAAGUGGGCCCAUCAAGCCCAAAUUUCACCCAAAGCCCCUCAAACAAUUAGGAGUAAGGAGGUUAGACAGGUUUCUACGACUCGAACCACAUAUACACCAGUUUAAUUUCCAUCUUCGGACACAGUGGCUUCAGAAACUCAGCCACGUACAGGUGCUCACAGUGAUCAUGGCUCUAUCCUUACACCUCGAGUGAUGUUCCAGGUAGAGUUAACACCGAUGAUAUUAGCAUCCCAUCUGGUUCAUCUAAGGCAAUGUAUAAUAAACCGGAUAAUGCAGUUGCAACUGGAGAUAGAGAGGAAGUUGCAUAAGAUAUGGAUGAGAUCGACUUCUCAAUUCAUGUGUGUUGAAGUUAAAUUCUAGCUAUUAGACCAUCUUUUAACUAUUCACCCGUUUCACCUACACUUUUUCAUGUCACAUCAGUGUCACCUUUUCAUCACCUUUACCUUCUUUUUUUUUCCUUUCAAUACUUCACCUUUGAAUUUACCUAAGGACACUUUGUCCAUUAUUGUAAAGCCAUUAGCCAAGGGUACCUAGAGUACACCAUUAUGUCCAUCAAACACCAUAUGUUCAUAUUGACACUCACAACCACCUUCAGAUCAUCGACGUUCUCGACAACCUCAUGCUACACUAAAAGGGAACCGGGGAAGUCGUCGCUCGCCAAAAGGGUGGUGAGUUUACAAUUUUACGCUUGUGGAUUAAAAGUCUCAAAGUGUUUUAUAUAGGUUUUUUUAUGCCCUUUAUGGCCAAGUACAUUAUUUGUAUAACUUCAGAGAGCUUACGGUAGUUAGAGAAUUUUUUUAUCUAGUUUUUUUUUUAGCA